AUGGCGAUGGCCGGGGCGGCGCCCGCACCGGCGCCCCCGCUGCUCCGGCGGUGCCCGUGCUCCGCGCCUCCCUGGGCGCCCUCUCCCUUCCGCUCCCGCCGCCGCGGCCGCUCCAUGAUGUCGCCGUUCACUGGCGCCAGAAGGCAGGAGUACUCCCAGAGCUCAGUCCUUGGAAUUCAAGACAGCCGAGCUCUUAAGCUUCCAGUAUGUGUCAACUUUAAUGUGCAAAGUAGCGGCGCACAAGAAUGGGCUGACGAGAGCAGGAGGUUAUCCUUAAGCAAAGCCAGCAAUAGUAAUGGUUCCACUCAUCUAGGGACAGGUAUUUUCCAUCAUGAACCCUUGGAAGAUUUCAAGAGCUCCAACCAAUCUCUAUUGCACAGUGUAAGACAACGAAUGGCACCGAAUUCUCUUGCGAAUAGGCACGCCAACACGGAACUGGCAAAGCAUCAUGCGAUUAAUCGUGCCGCAGUUGCUGUGACAGCACUGACCAGUGUUGUUAAUGAUGACAUUAAACCGGUGAAGAGGCCUAAGGAAUCUGAAGUGGAGGCUCAUUGGCCUAAUGGUCCCAAGUUUCAUUCUCCUCUUCCGAAAAUCUCUGAAGUUGAAACAAGCUUGCCAUUUGAUGAAAAUGCUACAGAUGGUCAUGCUAAAGAUGUGAAUGAAUGCUCACCCGAGGAGAUGGUACAACCUUCUCCAGCUAGAGCGCCCUUAUCCCAGGAGUCUAUAGAUGCGCGGAAGGCACUUGCUACCAUCUAUGACAAAGUUCUGGUGGUUGACAAUGUCAUGUCAGCUAGGAGUGUUGUUCAACUGCUUACUACGAAGUACAGAAAUUAUAUUCAUGCAUGUGACACAGAGGUAGAUAUUGAUGUUAAACAAGAGACACCAGUUGGCCAUGGAAAGGUCACAUGCUUUAGCAUCUACUCUGGCACUAAAGGUGCUGAAGCUGAUUUUGGAAAUGGCAAGACAUGCAUUUGGGUGGAUGUGCUGGAUGGUGGACCAGAUGUACUCAUGGAGUUUGCCCCAUUUUUUGAGGAUUCAUCAAUCAGGAAGGUUUGGCACAACUAUAGUUUUGAUAGUCAUGUCAUAGAGAACUAUGGAAUUAAAGUUGCUGGAUUUCAUGCUGAUACAAUGCAUCUUGCAAGACUUUGGGAUUCUUCAAGAAGAACGGAUGGAGGAUAUUCUCUUGAGGGACUUACAAAUGAUCAUAGGGUCAUGGGUGUUGUCUCAAAGGAAUUGCGAAAGAUUGGGAAGAGAUCAAUGAAAACCAUCUUUGGUAGGAAAAAGAUAAAGAAGGAUGGAUCAGAAGGGAAGAUUACCUCAAUCGAGCCUGUUGAAAUUUUACAAAGAGAAGACAGAGAAUUGUGGAUCUGCUAUUCUUCAUUAGAUUCCAUGAGUACCUUGAAGCUUUAUGAAAGCUUGAAAAGCAAGCUUGAAAGGAAGCCUUGGACUUUUGACGGUUGCCCCAGAGGUUCAUUGUACGAUUUCUACGAGGAGUAUUGGCGUCCUUUCGGUGCUAUUCUUGUAAAAAUGGAAACAGCUGGAAUGCUUGUUGACCGUGCUUACCUUUCAGAGAUUGAAAAGGUUGCUGUUGCACAGCGCAAAUUAGCUGCAGAUAAAUUUCGGAAGUGGGCAUCUAAGUAUUGCCCUGAUGCAAAAUACAUGAAUGUUAAUAGUGAUACUCAGAUUCGACAACUCUUUUUUGGUGGUACAGAGAACAGAUGCAAACCUGGUGAUUUAUUGCCGAAGAUUAAAGCUAUUAAAGUGCCUAACGAUGAAACUGCAGUUUCAGAAGGCAAGAAGGUUCCAAAGUAUCGCACAAUUGAACUUUUCAACAUUGUGGAAGACCUGAAAACUGAUAUAUUUACUGCAAGUGGCUGGCCUUCAGUUAGUGGGGAUGCAUUGAGAAGUUUGGCUGGGAAGGUUCCAUCAGAUCUUGUUUACUCAACAGAUGAUGUAAAUGAUGAUGAAUGUGGUAGUCAUUCUGAAAUUUCCAAUUGUGAUCUAGAAGACACCUCUUCUUAUGGAACUGCAUAUGAUGCAUUUGGAGGAGGAAAGGAAGGAAAAGAAGCAUGCCAUGCCAUUGCAGCUUUGUGUGAGAUCUGUUCUAUUGACUCGUUAAUAUCCAACUUCAUUCUUCCUCUACAGGGAAAUCAUAUAUCAUGUAAGGAAGGGCGGAUCCACUGUUCCUUAAAUAUUAACACAGAAACAGGGCGUUUAUCGGCAAGGGCACCAAAUUUACAGAACCAACCUGCGCUUGAAAAGGAUAGGUAUAAAAUCCGCCAAGCUUUUGUUGCAGCUCCAGGGAACACUCUUAUUGUUGCUGAUUAUGGUCAGCUGGAACUCAGGAUCUUGGCGCAUCUUGCUGAUUGUAAAAGCAUGUUAGAUGCUUUCAGAGCUGGCGGUGACUUCCAUUCCAGGACAGCCAUGAACAUGUAUCCGCAUAUUCGUGAGGCUGUUGAAGAAGAGAAAGUAAUUCUUGAGUGGCAUCCUCAACCCGGUCAAGAGAAACCUCCCGUGCCGUUGUUGAAGGAUGCUUUUGGCGCUGAGAGGAGGAAAGCUAAGAUGCUAAAUUUCUCCAUUGCAUAUGGGAAAACGCCCCAUGGGCUUGCUCGUGAUUGGAAGGUUUCUGUUAAGGAAGCAAAAGAUACACUGAAACUCUGGUAUAGCGAUAGAAAGGAGGUUCUGGCUUGGCAAAUGAAACAGAAACAGCUAGCACAUGAGAAGUCUGAAGUUUAUACUUUGCUUGGGCGAUCACGCCGUUUUCCAAAUAUGGCUCAUGCAACUUCUGGCCAAAGGGGUCACAUUGAGCGUGCUGCUAUCAAUGCUCCUGUACAGGGCAGUGCAGCUGAUGUUGCUAUGUGUGCAAUGCUUGAGAUAGACAGGAAUACUCGUCUUAAGGAGCUUGGUUGGACGCUCCUCUUGCAGGUGCAUGAUGAAGUGAUACUGGAAGGGCCUUCAGAGUCUGCGGAGCUGGCCAAGUCCAUAGUGGUUGAGUGCAUGUCUAAGCCCUUCUACGGCACCAAUAUCCUGAAGGUCGACCUUGCUGUUGAUGCCAAAUGUGCACAGAAUUGGUAUGCGGCCAAGUAG